AUCACUUUAUAUCACAUGGUUUAUAUCAAGCAAUUGACUCCUUCAAUAACAAGGUUGUUUGAUGUUGAACCAGUUAUUCUAAGGACGUACUUGGAUACAAUCAUCAUAUUAAAAUACUCCAUGCAGUGACAAGUGUGUAAUUGAUAGAAGAAUAUGCUCAAGUUUGGAAUUGUGCUGGCAGCGUGUUUACACAUAUGCUUGUGUAAACAGCCAAAUAUUCUGUUAGUGGUCGCUGAUGACUAUGGCUUCCAUGAUAUUGGUUACCAUGGGUCUGAAAUAAAAACACCAAAUUUAGACAAAUUGGCAUUGUCUGGAGUCCGGCUUGAGAACUAUUAUGUACAGCCUAUAUGUACACCAACACGGAGCCAGCUGCUGUCUGGUAGAUAUCAAAUACACACAGGACUCCAGCACGGGAUAAUCUGGCCGGCGUCUCCGAAUGGUGUUCCUCUAGAUAGCCCGUUAAUCAGUGAGAAAAUGAAGGAGGCAGGCUACUCUACACAUGCUGUUGGCAAGUGGCAUGUCGGCUUUUACAAGAAACCUUUUGUACCUACUAGCAGAGGAUUUGAUUCUUAUUUUGGAUAUUUAACAGGCAGUGAGGACUAUUACACACAUUAUAGAUGUUAUAACAAGAUGUGUGGUAAUGAUUUACGUGACAACCUGGAUCCUGCAGAUAUGCAAAAAUAUAAUGGUUCAUACUCUACCCACAUGUUUGCUAACAGAGCCAAAGAUAUAAUACAGAAACAUGAUGAUAGCAAGCCACUGUUUAUGUAUCUACCAUUUCAAGCAGUACACUCACCAUUACAAGUUCCAGAGAAAUAUAUAAAACCAUAUAAACAUAUCCAUGACAGAAAUAGAAGGGUUUAUGCAGGAAUGGUGUCAUGCAUGGACGAGGCUAUUGGAACAAUAACUGAUGCGAUGAAGAAGAAAGGAUUAUGGGAUAACACUAUACUGGUAUUUACCACAGACAAUGGUGGACAGAUUCACGAAGGGGGCAAUAACUGGCCCCUGCGGGGAUGGAAAGCUUCCUUAUGGGAAGGAGGGAUGCAUGGAGUGGGAUUUGUUCACAGUCCGCUGCUUAAUGAAUCUAGGAUUGGGGAAAGAUCCACUGAGCUUAUACAUGUAACAGACUGGUACCCAACACUAGUUAACCUGGCAAGGGGAAGUCUUAAUGGAACCAAACCUCUUGAUGGUUUUGACCAAUGGAAUACAAUCAAUCAAGGGAAAUCAAGCCCAAGAAAGGAAAUUCUACACAACAUAGAUCCACUCUACAAACCCUCGGGACGCCCAUUAUCUAACACGACAUUCGACACUACCAGGAGGGCGGCACUUAGGGUUGGCGAUUGGAAAGUUAUAACUGGAUACCCAGGAAAUGGUAGCUGGGUACCCCCACCUUAUAUGAAUUGCCCAAUAUUCAGUGACCCGAGGGAAAGCAGUUUUAAACCUGACGAUAAAAAUGUAUGGUUGUUCAACAUUUUAAAAGAUCCAAAUGAGAGAGAUGAUUUGUCCGAGACAAAUCCCGACAAAUUAAAAGAAAUGCUUGACAGACUGGCACAAUACGAGAAAACUGCAGUGCCGUGUCGAUACCCUGACAAUGACAAGAGAGCUGAUCCAAAAUACCUUGGUGGCUUUUGGGGACCAUGGGAGUAGGGAUUAAUUUCUAAAUAUAGCACAAGACUAAAAGAUUUUUAGUGCUUAAAUGUAACAUGGAAGUUUAGAUUAAAUCUGGGACAUGAUAUAAUGGGACAAGCAACUACUGACUAGAUAUUGAGUGGUCUUACGUUGACGUCCGGUUGACAGCCAUUGAUCGAUAUGUGCUGUGUUAAAUUAAUAUCUGAGUCCAAUUAUUAUAAAAAAUUUCAAUGAUUAUUCUUCAUAACAUACAUGACAUAAUUUCAAGAUUUGACAUUCAAAAGAAAUGCUAAAAUCUUAUGCCAGCUGGCAUAUAUUUUUUUUAUUACGGAC